CACAGAAAUUGAAAAAAUUCAGAAGGGUGAAACAACAAAGAAGGAUGAGGAAGAAAACUACCUGGAUUUAUUUUCCCACAAGAAUAUGAAACUGAAAGAACGAGUUCUGAUACCUGUCAAACAGUACCCCAAGUUCAACUUUGUUGGAAAGAUUUUGGGACCUCAAGGCAACACCAUUAAGAGACUUCAGGAAGAAACUGGUGCUAAGAUUUCUGUGCUGGGGAAGGGCUCAAUGAGAGACAAAGCCAAGGAGGAGGAGCUGCGCAAAGGGGGAGACCCGAAAUACGCUCAUCUAAACAUGGAUUUGCACGUCUUCAUCGAGGUUUUUGGGCCCCCCUGUGAGGCCUAUGCCCUGAUGGCUCAUGCCAUGGAGGAGGUCAAGAAAUUCCUUGUUCCAGAUAUGAUGGAUGAUAUCUGCCAGGAGCAGUUCCUGGAGCUGUCCUACCUGAACGGUGUUCCAGAGCCGAACCGCGGCCGAGGAGUCCCCGGGCGGGGAAGGGGAGCAGCUCCACCCCCACCCGUUCCAAGGGGCCGUGGGGUUGGUCCCCCUCCUCCUCCUCCUCGGGGGGCCCUGGUGCGAGGGGCCCCAGUGCGGGGGGGCAUCGCUCGGGGGGCCACCAUAGCCCGGGGGGGGCCCCCCCCUCCCCGUGCUCGGGGGGCUCCUGCCCCCCGGGCACGGGCAGCUGGCAUCCAGAGGAUACCCCUUCCUCCUCCUCCUGCGCCAGAGGCCUACGAGGAAUAUGGCUACGACGACACGUACGCAGACCAGAGCUACGAGGGCUAUGAGGGCUACUACAGCCAGGGCCAAGGGGACACAGAAUACUAUGAUUAUGGACACGGGGAGGCACAGGAAACCUAUGAAGCUUAUGGGCAAGAUGACUGGAAUGGGACCCGGCCCUCCCUGAAGGCCCCGCCGGCCAGGACAGUGAAGGGGGCCUACCGAGACCACCCCUACGGACGCUACUAAAAAAAAAAAACAAAACAUGAGGGAAAAAUCCCACUUUUGAGCAAAACAGUUGUUACUGAUUCUUGUAUCUCCCGGGAUUCCCGUUGCUUUGCCCACACCAGACAAGUAAUUGUCUAACUGUUUUUCUUCGUGGCCCUUUUUCUCCCACUCCAUCCUCACCCUGCAUUUCGGCUUCUGUACGUAGUACUUUUAAAAGAUGAGUUAAAUAGAUUUUUUUUUUUUAGAGGAAGCGACUUUUAAUUUUUAUUUUUAUUUUUUUUUUCAGUGUGUAGGUGGCUUUUUCUUUCUUUGUCGUUUAGAUAAACGCAACUGUACCUUUUUUUAAGGAAAAAAAAAACAAAAACAAAAACAAAAAAACCUACAAAACCACAGUUUAAAAAUGUUAGUUUUCCAAAGUGACAUGCUUUGCUUAGCAGCUAUGAAAUUAAGGUUUUGUUUAAAACUUUUUAAAGUUUGUUUUAAAGGAACCCAUAAAGGUUGUAGUUGCAGAAUCCCAAAGUAGGCUACAUUUCAAAAUUCAGGGCUAUUUUUAAGCAUUAAAAUCAUAAUGUAACGGUAGUAGCUGCCACCAUUUAAAAAAAGGAAAAAAGUAACUUCAGAUGCCAAACCUUCUUUAAAAGGAGAUUGCUGGUGAAUCUUGGAGUUUAAAUUUUAAUACGAAGGAUCCUCCAACAAAUUAAAUAGCAUUUUUUUUAAAGAGAAUUGACCUAAAAUUAAAAUUAGGUUUGUAAAAUUGACUUUUCUUAUGUGGAUUUUGAAAUCUAGCCCCCGUGCAGUGUUGAGAUAUGCUUGGGAAGCAGAUUUUUCCAGUGUAAAGGGGUUCUUAGUUUGGUUCUGGAUGAACAAUUUUAAGGGAAAAAAAACAAAGCAUGGCUCUAAUUGCCCAGUGUUUGAUAGUAGAAAGCAGAAUAUUCCAUGGGUAGGUCUGAACUCUGUAAAAUUCUCAUUUUUUUUAUAGUGCUUGGGGCAGAUAAUCCAGUGCAAGUUUAAAACUGACACACCAAAAAAAGAAAAAAAAAGUCAAUAUUAGCAGUCCCAUUGACUUGUUCAAGUGUAUCUCAGCACGAGCUUUGCAUAAAAAGGGACACUGCAGCUGGGAAAAAAAAACAAAAACCAACAACAAAAUGAUCAAAAAAUUUCACUUUGUACAUAAGAUAAAGUCCUAAUUGGAUUUGUACACUGUCCUCCCACUCUGUUCUUGAAGAGAAAAUGCUACAUGUGUAAGUCUGCCUAACUAGGUAGCUAAAAACGUGUCAAAAUGUCUGUCGCGAUUUGUCAAUAAAGUUUAGUCCUUUUUUAAUCAAA